UGCGUCGUGCUGUGCGAAUUUCCAUCUCGCGUAUUAAUAUUUCAGGUGCCUCAUCAUACCUAUGGACAAGGACGCUGUUUGUCACGUAUGUGGCGAUAAAGCUUCUGGUAAACAUUACGGUGUUCCAAGUUGCGAUGGAUGUCGAGGAUUUUUCAAAAGAAGUAUUCGCAGGAACCUAGAAUACACGUGUAAAGAAGGAGGCAAUUGUUUAAUAGACGUGACUCGUCGAAACCAGUGCCAAGCCUGCCGAUUCGCCAAAUGUUUAAGAGUUAAUAUGAAAAGAGAUGCUGUACAACACGAGAGAGCUCCUAGAACGAGUAAUUCAACUAUUGAAGAAUAUAGUACCCAUUUGCCUUCAUCUUCGGUUACCUGGGAUCUAACUGUAAUACCUCAAUCGCAAAGUGUUUAUCAGAAUUUUAUACCGUAUCAUCCUCCGUAUAUUGUGCCUCAAAAUGUAGCAGCUUUACAAACUACCAUUGGUUCCAGUAAUUUUUUAAAAAGUCGUCAUUAUGGUAAUGAAAACGAAGUAACGAGUUCAGAAGAAAUUCGCAAUCAAAAUAAUGAAGGAACCUCCUCAGUUUAUGCUCCAUUUUCUGUGAAUUAUAUUUUAUCCAAAGAUAUAAACGAAUGUGCUUUAAAAAUAUUGACCUUUACCAUCAAAUGGACUAAAAGUAUACCAUCAUUUUUACAGUUGAACGAAAGAGAUAGAAGAACAUUGUUAAUUGAAACGUGGAAUGAAUUAUUCAUUCUGAACUCUAUUCAGUGGUCGUUUUCUAUUUACGAUGGCCUGUUGAGCUGCGCAAAUUACGCCCAGAAUUCUAAACUGCACGAAUUCCAAAAAAAGCUCAAAGAUAUUACAAUUCGUUUCCACUCGUUACAAAUAGACUACACCGAAUUCGCCUGCCUGAAAGCUCUAACAUUAUUCAAACCAGAUGCUCAAAAUUUACACGAUAGAUUUCACGUUGAAGUGUUACAAGACCAAACUCAAAUGAUGCUUCACGAGUAUUGCGCCAUCAGACAAAAUACCCGAUUUGGUAAAUUAUUAUUAUUGUUAAAAUCAUUGGGUUCUUUCGACAGUCGUACUACCGAAAAGCUGUUCUUCGAUGAUGAAAAAACUGGAGGUAUUUGUGUAAAAAACAUCAUAUUAGAAACAUGUCGACCUUAGGACAAUAUACGCUGACUCAGAACUAUAAUAAACUCGAGAUAACUACGUUAUGUACAUUUUUUUUAUUAACAGAAUAAAACUAAUCAACGUUU